GAUUCGGAGCAGCCAUUUAUCACCAGAGUGGAAUAUAGAGAACGUUUGGGAAGACAUUUUCUUCAUGCAAUAAGGGAAAACAGCCUUCUGAAAAUACACACUUCUGUUAUAUAUUUUCUUUUUCUUUCUGUGUUUUGGAAAUCAUGAUUGAUGCAUUGAAAAACAUUCUGGAAUAAUUUCGAAAGGUGUGUGGAUGUUGAAGGACAACAGACAUGCAUGUGGCAAGAACAAGAUAAAUCAGCUUUCCCACAGACAGCAAGAAUUUGACGAUAUCGGGGAAUGCAUUUGCAACAGGAAUGAUUUGAUCGUCUAAUACCGACAAGUUCUUCCUCCACCUAUAAAACUGGAUACUUGGGGCAGAUUUUGACAGUCAAUCAUAUUGAAAUAAGGAAGUUUUUGGAAAAAAAUAAUCAUGGCGCAUUUAAUCCGACACAAGCUUUCCAACAAAAUUACGAAUGCUAUGAACACAGCAUCGAAUAAAUCCCAGGCGAAGGUUAGCGGGGCUUUUGCUCGUUUGGGCUUCCAGGCGGCCACGGACGAGGAGGGUCUGGGCUUCGCUGAAUGCGACGACCUAGACUAUGACUACAGGCAGGGAAUGCGCAUGGAUGUGCUUCAGACAGAGGAUGGCGGGGAAGAGAUGACCGGAGACGGGCUAGAAGGGGAUAGUCACUACCAAAGAGAUGGCACCCUUCACCGGGCCUCGAUAAAGAGUGGAGGUGGUUGUGAAGUGGUGGAGGACAAGCCCAAAAUUACCGCCUGGGAGGCCGGAUGGAACGUAACCAACGCCAUUCAGGGCAUGUUCGUCCUUGGUUUGCCAUACGCCAUUCUGCACGGUGGUUACCUCGGGCUCUUUCUCAUCAUCUUUGCUGCUGUGGUGUGCUGCUACACGGGCAAGAUCCUGAUAGCAUGUCUCUACGAGGAAAAUGAAGACGGCGAGCUCGUGCGCGUGAGAGACACGUACGUAGACAUCGCCAACGCUUGCUGCGCACCGCGUUUUCCCACCCUUGGCGGACACGUCGUCAAUGUGGCCCAGAUCAUUGAGUUGGUGAUGACUUGUAUUCUCUACGUGGUGGUCAGUGGGAAUUUGAUGGCCAACAGCUUUCCUGGUCUACCUAUGUCUCAGAAGGCGUGGGCGGUCCUCGCCACAGUAGCCCUCCUACCUUGCGCAUUUCUGAAGGACCUGAAAUCUGUGUCCAAGUUCAGCUUGCUCUGCACACUCGCCCACUUCGUCAUAAAUAUUGUAGUGAUUGCUUACUGCCUGUCGCGGGCACACGACUGGGCAUGGGAGAAAGUCAAGUUCUACAUCGAUGUCAAAAAGUUUCCCAUCUCCAUUGGCAUCAUAGUGUUCAGCUACACUUCACAGAUCUUCCUGCCGUCCCUAGAGGGGAACAUGCAGAAACCGAGUGAAUUUCAUUGCAUGAUGGAUUGGACACACAUCGCUGCCUGUGUCCUCAAGGGGCUCUUUGCCCUGGUGGCCUAUCUCACAUGGGCAGACGACACUAAGGAAGUGAUUACGGACAAUCUCCCUGGAGGUAUUCGUGCAGUAGUAAAUAUUUUCCUGGUCUCCAAAGCUCUUUUGUCAUAUCCUUUGCCCUUCUUUGCCGCGGUGGAGGUUUUUGAAAAGUCUUUUUUCCAAGGGGGAGGAAUAUUCCCAGACUGUUACGGCCCAGGAAGGAAGUUGAAGUCAUGGGGCUUGGGCUUGCGAAUUGUGCUGGUUGUGUUUACACUGUUAAUGGCAAUAUUUGUCCCACACUUUGCUCUCCUGAUGGGCCUUACGGGGAGUCUCACUGGGGCAGGCUUGUGCUUCUUACUACCAAGUCUGUUCCACCUGAAGCUUCAGUGGAGGAAACUCUUGUGGCACCAUGUAUUUUUUGACGUCGCAAUAUUUAUAGUUGGGGGCAUAUGCAGUGUAUCUGGAUUCAUUCACUCCAUCGAAGGCCUCAUAGAAGCCUUCCAAUUAAACAUUCAGGAUUAGGGUUUUAGGUAGGCAAUGAAAUGAACAGAUUGUAUGAAAAUGCUAAUACAAUCCACUCUAGGUCUAUUACCUUAAGGUACCAUGACUGCCACGAUCAGUCAAGCAAUUAUUUAGGUUCGUUAAAAAAUAUCUUCUCGGGUUUUGUCGAAAUAACGUGCAAUAUCUCAAUAGACGUUUCAAUUGUUGUUCAAUUGUGUUUGUUUUGUGGUAGUCUUUAUAUCAAAGUGGAUGCAAAUUUAUGAGGUAAAAGCUGAGCUUGAAAAGAAUGCUGGAGACAAGACCUCCCUAUGCAAAAAGCCUACAGCACAUAGAUGUUCUUGUGAAAUAUGAUUUAAGAGAGUAUUGCUGCUAUUCAUUGGUCUCUGAAAAUAAACAGCCUCAGCACAACAUGUCUUCUAAUUAGCAAGAUGGACACUAAAAAGGUAACAUAAGGAGGCUGACUUUAGGACGCUCUGGCAAGUGGCAUGGAAAGAACCCAUCACUUCUGUUCAGACUUAAAUUAGCCUAGAUCAUGUAAAUGCACACAAUAACAGUAAGCUUGUGGGCCAACACGUUGGCGCAGAGGCUACAUCUGGAUGUCAGUAGCUUACAUUUGUGACAUAUCACAUUCUAUUUUAAAUGUGUGGUUCAGAGAAAAGUAGGCUCUGUAAAUUAAGCAGCACAUUUAUGUUUCCUUCUGGUGGAAGGCUUUGCCUAUAUCAACGCUUCUCUUUCGCUGUUAACCGUAACCACGUGUAUCUGUGAGAGUGAAUGUGAGGUGCAGGCUCCUGUGGUAAUAUUUGUUUUUUAAUCGUAUGACUAAUUUUGUCUUUGUGUGAUAUUUUCUUCAUGUGCUGUCAACAACGGCGAUGUGAAAAAAAGAAAAUGAUUGUGUAUAU